AUGACAAAACUGAAUCAGCAACUGGGUGGUUAUUUCGAAGAAGAGGAAUGUAUUCUGGGAAGUAGUCGUUGUCAUGACAAAACUGAAUCAGCAACUGGGUGGUUAUUUCUAAGAAGAGGUACUAGUUACAACAAUAAGGUGUUUUUCUACUUUGGGAAUAAAUUGGAUUGGUAUGAUGCACAAAACUUCUGUGAAAGUUUUGGUAUGAGACUUGCAACUAUAAGUACUACAGAAGAAAAUCAGUUUGUGAAAUCUCUUACCCAGCGUAGCAAUGGCGUAUGGCUGGGAGGUUCAGAUAAGCCGAAUGAGGGAGAUUGGCACUGGAACAAACCUAACCUACCGUUGGCCUUUACUAACUGGGGAUGGUCAGCAUUGAUUAAGCAACCAGACAAUGUAUUUAAUCAAGACUGUCUAUCAUAUUGGCGCUGUGAUCCAUUUGAAACUAACUAUCAAUGGGCUGACGCAGGCUGUGGGAGUUCUUAUUACUUCAUAUGUGAAAGAAUUAUUCGUGUUGAUACUGAGACAUGGCCAAUUGAAUGA